AUGAAAAACGCUACAGCUCCAGCUCUGCUCUUGAUACUUAGCUUCCUUUUAACAUAUCUUCUCGUUGCCGCCGUCAAAUCACGACGGAGAUCAUCGAACCCAUUGCCUCCGGAACCUCCGCGACCGCCAGGACCGCCGGGACCUCUGGGAUGGCCCAUCAUCGGAUUUCUCCAUAUCAUCGGAAAAGCUCCUCACCGUUCACUUGCUAACCUCUCGAGAAUUUACGGACCAGUCAUGAGUCUUCGACUUGGAAGUUUAACCACAGUGGUCAUUUCUUCACCAGAGGCAGCAAGAGAGGUUCUACAAACGCUUGACCAUGUCUUCUCUGCACGAACCUUCAGCGAGACGGUUCGGACCAUCGGUCACCAUGAUGUCUCCAUCCCAUGGCUACCUUCCACGUCGUCUCAUUGGAGAAUAUGGAGGAAGAUAUUGGAGACUCAGAUGUUCUCAAGGAAUUGUAUCAAAGCCACAAAGACAGUACGGUCUAAGAAAGUGAAAGAACUUCUAACAUUCAUCAUCGAAAGCAGCGACAGAGGAGAAGCCGUGGGGAUUGCUCGUGCUUGCUUCGUUACAUCACUUAAUGUUAUCUCAAACGUUGUGUUUUCGACCGACUUAGGUAGUUACGACCCGAGAGCCUCCCUGGAGCUCCGGGACUCGUUGUAUAGUAUAAUGGAAAUCAUGGGGAAACCGAAUCUCGCAAACUAUUUUCCGUCUCUCGGCUUUCUUGAUCUACAAGGUAUCAGGAAAGAUAUGAAGGUAUGUUCGGAGAGGUUGUUUAGGGCUUUUCAAGGGCUUAUCGAUGAUCGGAUCGCGGAAAGAUCGUCGAGGACUGGACCUAGAGAUGCUUGUAGCAGCGAUUUGUUGGAUUCACUUAUCGAUCUUAUUCAAGAAGAUGGAUCAGAAGUCUACAUGAACGAUAUCAAACACUUUCUAUACGACUUGUUUGUUGCGGGGACGGAAACGAACUCAACCACAGUGGAAUGGGCAAUGGUUGAGCUAUUACGUAACCCAGAAGCUAUGGCUAACGCCAAAGUCGAGAUCAACUUUAUUGUUGGCCCAAACCGUUACGUUCGUGACUCGGAUCUCUUAGAGUUUCCCUAUCUACAAGCUGUUGUAACAGAGACUCUCCGUUUGCACCCACCGAGCCCAUUUCUGAUCCCACGCAAAGCUGAGUGUGACACAGAGGUUUUAGGGUUCCUCGUUCCUGAAAAUGCUCAGAUUCUGGUUAACGCUUGGGCUAUAGGACGAGACCCGAGCGUUUGGGAAAACGCGGAACGGUUCGAGCCAGAGAGAUUCUUGGGACGUGACAUUGGGUUGAUAGGGAAGGAUUUUGAAAUGAUACCGUUUGGAGGUGGACGAAGGAUGUGCCCUGGAAUAUCAUUGGCGUUGAGGAUUGUGCCUCACAUGCUUGCUUCACUUAUUUAUUCGUUUGAAUGGACUCUUGAAGAUGAAAAACACUAUGGCCUUCCUGCGGAUUUGGACAUGGACGAGACUUUCGGACUUACCUUGCACAAGACCAAGCCACUUUAUUCUGACUUCGUUAAGAAAACUUACCGUUAUUUUCUUUAG